UUUCUUUCUCCUCUACCAGUUCGUGCGUCCGUGUGGUUUUUGUUGCUAAUUGGUGAUUGACGGUUGUUCUUGUUGUCGUCGGCUUGAGCAAAUACCAGAGUUCCAUGCCGUCGACCGCCGCGAGUCGCAAACGCAAGGCUCGCGCCCCGGAGUCUCCAGAGACGGCCCCGGCCCGUCGGUCCAGGGCCGAACGCGAGUCUCAAAAGCAAGCCGCACGGGAAUGGGCGGCGGCGCAAGUGUCGCACACGCGUCCGGAGACUUCGGCUGCCGACAAAAACGAAGAAGUCCUCCAAUCGCCUCCGAAAAAGAGACGUCUCACGCCAGUGGUAUCCGCCACGACUUCUACGAAUCGCAAGGCUCCUCCAUCGGAAGUGUCCAAGAAAGCCCCGGCCGCGUCCCAGGCAUCGGAGACUUUGUCAACGUCCCGGGCCCAGGCUCCCACCACGCCCCCACCCGUUAAACUCUCGGCGGUGGAACAACGCGCGCGUGCCGCACGGUACAUGCAGCAGCAGUCGUCCCAAUCCCCGAAACCCCCACCCAACGUAUCGUCAGAGACAUCCCGCGCCCCCGCCGCCACACCGCCACGACCUCGGACUACCACCAAGGCGGCCUCCACGCACGUUACCAAACCCGUUUUUGGAUCACCCGUACCCACGUCCCGUCAACGUCACGGGGACGCCGCACGGAAUCGACGUCGAUCCGAGGAAACACACGUCGACUCUUUGCCUCUCGACGAAGUGGUUAAAACAACCCUGCACACAAGGUCUCAAGCCAACGAGGACGAAAUCAGUUUGCCGUCCGAUGAUAAUAUCGAUGAAGAGUCCUUCUUGGACAGUGACGAGGAAGACGAAGAUUAUGAAGACGACGACGACGAAGCUGAACAAGAAGAAUUGGCCCAAGCGCGAGCUCGCGAACGGCGGCUCCAAGUCGCUAAUGAUGCCUCGAGGAGAGGCUGGUGCGGUAGCCUCUUGGGUGUCCUCCUGGUAAUCGUCUCGAGCAUGGCGCUCGCCAGCGUUUUCGAGAGUGGGCUUUCCCUCGAAACCCUCGCGGAAUGGUGGUCGCCGAUCGAACCCACACAGCCGUGCUUUUUGGAUACUUUCCCUCCCGGACCAGAAGACGACGUCCCGGACCUACCCCCUCACUGUACCGCGAAUCGUCAACCUUGUCCGGACGGAGGAUUCUGUCGAGACGGACAUUUACAGCGCUGCCAAUCCAAGUACGAGCAAGUCUCCGACCACGGCGACGCCUGUAUUCUGUCCGCGGAUACUAACCAAACUAUUGCAAACAUGGUGGAUCUAUUACGCUCAUGGACCAUUGACUACUAUUGCGGAUUGGGAGAUGAGCGCGCACAGGACUUGCACUUGCGGGAAGAUCCCACCACCGGUCGUCCGCUCUUUCAUUACAGUCGAGUGACAGGAGAACUGGAACAAGGGUACGAUUGGAAUUUGGUCAAAACAGCCAACGCCAAAGACCCGCAAAUAUUCAUCACUACUGCCGUAGAUGCCGAUUUGUUCAUUGGUUUGCAUCCCGAUCAACCCGCCUCCCGUCCGCUCAUUUGUGUCGCCAAACAAUGGUUUGUUUUUGGACUCGGCCUCAUGGGCACGUUCGUCUACAGUUUGGGUGAAUUCUGUCUAAUGUUCUACUACGGACGACUGCGGGCUGCACCGGCUGCCACGGUCAUUGUGUCCGUCACGGGAUGGUUACUGGUAAUCUUUAUAAGUCGUUGGCAGCGACGUCGGGAAGCCGAACGACAGAUAUUAUUGGACGUGGUCACGAUUCGACAGGCUGCCUUUGAUCGCUUGAGUAGUGCGCCCGGAACGGCCCUCUCGGCACUCCAACUUCGGGAUCAACUCAUGUGGGAGCACUUUCAAACAUCCCGCCAAGGCCGUGAGCGAUUAGUGAAACGCAUCUGGCCCCAAAUUGUGCACGACGUGCGACAGGACAAUCGGGUCCGUAAAUCCCUGGGUGUCCGGGAUGGCAAACAAGACUUGGUCUGGACGUGGAUCGCCACCACCACGAAAUCACCGGCCACUACAGAAGACCGUCGUGUGGCACCGACGGCCGUCCGCUUUGGCUAG